GGAGAUAUUGGAGCACGAGAAUCAAGGUCACGCAUUCUGUAGCACACAGUUAAACUAACGAACUCGCCUACUUUCCCUCCGUAUCCCGCCGCCGAAAAUUUCUUUAAUUUGACAUCAAACAUCCAACUCAACUCUCUUUUCUCUCUGCAUCUUCACAACACGCCAGAUUUCUCCAAGAAGAAAACCCUAACUCCUCUAAAUUCUCUUUCAUCAUCAAUGCAUUCCUGAAUCUUCAAUCAAAUUCUCUCUCCUCCAUUUCUCUUUCUCUGCCAUGGCUGCCUUCCGCAGGCUCCUUCAUUCCCGCUCAUUCCGUGUGUUUCCUCGCACUUUCAGUUCUUCGUCUUCUACUAUUGAAGCAUUUGGAGGGAGUUUGCGGCACUACAGUGAUCACAAAGUGUUGAGAAUUGAGGAUGAGGUGAUCGAUGAUGAGGUUGAGAGAAUUCGGCGUGAAUUCGAUGCCGCUAAGCAGAGUUUCCUUAAAAUUCCGCAGGCUCUUAGGUCUAUGCCUAAGACGAAUCCUGAAGGGAUUUAUGUGAACAAGAACUUGCGAUUGGACAACGUUCAAGUUUACGGCUUUGACUAUGAUUAUACAUUAGCACAUUACUCUGCCUGUGUACAAGCUUUGAUUUAUGACCUCGCCAAGGAGCAUUUAGUGAAUGAGCUUAGGUAUCCAGAUAGCUGCUUGAAGUUCAAGUAUGACCAUAGUUUUCCAAUCAGAGGUUUGUACUAUGACAAACUAAAAGGUUGUCUCUUGAAGUUGGAUUUUUUCGGAUCAAUUGAGCCUGACGGAUGCUACUUUGGUCGUCGUAAGCUUCGGCGGGAGGAGAUUAUAGAGAUAUAUGGAACAAGACAUAUUGGUCGUACUCAAGCAAGGGAGCUUGUCAGUUUGAUGGAUUUCUUCUGCUUUAGUGAGGCAUGCUUGAUCGCAGACAUAGUGCAACAUUUUGUUGAUGAAAAACUGGAGUUUGAUGCUUCUUAUGUAUACCAUGAUGUCAAUCGUGCAAUCCAGCAUGUUCAUAGAAGUGGAGUGGCUCAUAAGGCAAUCAUUUCUGAUCCUCAAAGAUAUCUUGUUAAAAAUGGUCAGUUGUAUUGCUUUCUGAAGAUGCUAAGAGAUAAAGGAAAGAAAUUGUUCUUGUUGACUAAUUCACCCUAUUAUUUUGUUGAUGGUGGUAUGCGCUUUCUCUUGGAGGAUUCCCUGGGAUGUGGCGACUCUUGGAGGGAACUUUUUGAUGUAGUCAUUGCUAAAGCCAAUAAGCCAGACUUUUAUACUUCAGAGCGACCAUUCAGAUGCUACGACACAGACAAGGAUACGUUGGCAUUCUACAAAGUGGAUACGUUUCUUCCUGAUAAGAUCUAUUACCAUGGAUGUCUCAAAUCUUUUCUCCAAAUUACGAAGUGGCAUGGUCCAGAGGUCAUAUACUUUGGUGACCACUUGUUUAGCGAUCUUAGAGGGCCUUCAAAGGCGGGUUGGCGUACUGCUGCUAUCAUUUACGAACUAGAAAAUGAAAUACGAAUUCAGAAUGAGGAUACUUACCGUUUUGAGCAGGCAAAAUUUCACAUUAUCCAGGAGCUCCUUGGUAGACUGCACGCAACUGUUGUUGACUCACAAAAAAGUGAAGCAUACAAGUCACUCAUGGAAGAGCUUAAUGAAGAGAGGCAAACAGCACGCUGCACAAUGAAGAACAUGUUCAACAAAGCUUUUGGGGCCACUUUUCUCACCGACACUGGUCAAGAAUCAUCCUUUGCUUAUCACAUCCAUCAGUAUGCAGAUGUGUACACCAGUAAGCCAGAAAAUUUCUUGUUCUAUCCGCCUGAAGCAUGGCUUCAUGUACCCUUUGAUGUCAAAAUCAUGCCACAUCAUGUUAAGGUACCUUCAAGCUUGUUCAAGGCGUAAGACGGUAGAGGCAUUCCUUUCAUUUGUUUAAAAUGGCCUUUGUAGCUGGCCUGAAAUUUUGUUUUGGCAGUGAAGUCUAUGCUCACUCCAAAUGAUUAUUUGCUUGAUGCUGUAAAGUUAUGAGCUUCAAUUAUAUUUGAUGCAUAUGUAUGAAAAAUGCUAAACAUGGCCCGAAGGGUUAUGGAUAAUAAGAUCGUGAUGGGGAUAGAUCAUUGCAAAAGGGGUAGUGGAGAACUAGAGAAAAUUAGAUAUUAAGCUAUAUUUACUUCAUCACCAUUCUUUCAUGGGACAUUUUCACCAUGGCUUACUAGGCUGGCAUAAAUUUGUUAGAUGUGUAUAGUGAACACUGCAAUGAAAUUUUUGUAAAUGUCUAAGGAAGAUGAUAACAAUUAAAACUUUUUAAGGACCCUUUGUUUUUCUUGGGAAUUUUCAGAAUACUCUUCAUCAUUA